CAGGAAUUGUCACGACAGAAACUGCAUUGAAAAAAGAAAAUGAAGUAAAGAUUUGGCAGGAAGGUAUUUUGAGACAUGUGCCCCGGCCUGGUUGAAUCACUGUAUAACUGUCUUCCUCCACCCCCCAAAAAAGGCAGGACUCAAGGAUAGAACUUUUCAUCUGGAUGCAGAAGGAGGCAAUAUACCUGCAUGGACCACCUGGACAGAAGAUUUCUACUCCAUCAGGAAGAAGGGUGUUCAUUUGCUGGACAUAUUAAGGAAACAAGCCAGCUCCAUGGACCCACUGGACAGAAGAUACACACUACAUCAGAAACAGUGGGAAGAAUUCAUGACUAAGGUGCAGUCUUCCGCGGAGCUCCCGAUCGUUCCUCAUUUUGACGUAAAUACGCUCAUCACGGCUGAGACGGAUCAGAUCAAGAGACUCAUCAACCGUAGA